CUAUACCAUUCCUCUCCAUUCGGCAGCGACGGAACAGAAGGGAAAUACACAUUUGUAGCCUGUACUGUGAUGAAACCAAUAUUGGGAGAUGGUCGCGAUGGCAAAAUAGCCCAACAAGUCAGUCAAGUGAAUAGAGGUGAUGUGGCAGCUGCAACCAGGUAGACUCAAGAGGCUUGGCAUUUUGUUCUCCAUUCUAUGAUAGAUGGAAGCUAUAAUCUCACACCCCAACCUCAAUGCCCAAUGGAAUUUUACAAUAUUGUACAAUGGGAUAUAGAGGAUUGUUGGCUUCUCAUAGCCAGAUCAAACCUGGGAUUUUUUUCCCCCACAGAUAAACCGAAGAUAAGAGUUUCUGCCUGCUUCACGGUCCAUUAUUACUUUUGGUACGCGCUCGGCCAGUCUCAAACUCGUACCGUGAGUAAUAAUGCACUGUGGCUGUCACUGCCAACGAGAGACGGACAGCACCACAGUUCUCCAUAAUCCUAUGCUUCUCAUCGUUGUAUAGCCAGUUGUGAAGCAGGAAAUGUGAUGAAAACUCAGCCCUUAUGUCAGAAUGACAGCAUUUUAAUACAAUAAUUUAGGAUACUUUCAUAUCCAGGGAAGAAAUUGACUAGCCAGUUUACUUAAAUGUUAUUGUUGAAUUAUUUACUUUAAAUAUGUUGUUGAAUGUAACACUGACAUUUGAAAAUUAUAACUUUAAAUGGUAAAUCUUAUUUAUACUUGCAAAAGAAAUUCCCUGUGCCUUGUGACUGUUAUAUUUAUGUUGACUGCAUAUGUCUAGUUUCAGUACAUUGAAACAGUCAUAUUAGGCUAUAGCCUAUUAUUAUGUCUUAAUUCUUUGUAGGAUUUUUUUUUCUUUCUCAAAUAUCAAAAAAAUGGGCCUACAAUUGAAUAAUGUUCAGAAACAUUAUAGCCAACUCUCCUAGUUGGACAUGUUUUGAAAUAGACAAUUACAUUGCAGUGCCUGUUUAAUAAAUUUUCAUUAUAAUUGACAACUCAAUUCUACACCUAAAGGCGAAAUUGAAUACACAAUCAGUCUCUGAACAAAGCGACCCUGAUGCACCCAUUGACAUGUUUUUUAAUAGAGAGGCUAGGCUAUGUCAUAAACCCUCAAAGUUCCAGAAUGAGUUGAAAAUGGCAGCUAUUGUGGUUAGGGAGAAAUCAAAAUGGAAUGAAUGGAAGUAGAGGCAGAGGUGAUGCAUUACCUGAAAAUAAAAGUAAGGCAUGGGAUAUAUCUCAAAUUGUGUAAUAGAAUUAUUGUCAACCUACAAUAUUGUUAUAUAAUUAUAAAUACAGUUUAUAUGGGCUUUAUACAAAUGUUCUGUAUGUAAACAGACCAUAAAUGUCUAAAUGUUGUAUUUUUGUGGAAAGCUGUGAGUGCUAUUAUAUGAUACAAUAUCAUUACUUGUUGCAUUUACAAUUUGUCCUUUAAUCAAAUUAUUAAGCCACUGUAUGGCUGUGGAUUGGCUGCAUUUAUUUUUAUGGAAUGUUGUCAUAUUGGUAGUUAAUUGGAAACAUUUACAGAAUCAUUCUGCUAAAACUGGCUAGCUGGCUAACAUAGAGUUGUCACGACUUCAACAGAAGGUGGCUCCCCUUCCUGUUCGGGCGGCGCUCGGCGGUCGUCGUCACCGGUCUACUAGCUGCCACCGAUUCCCUUUUCCUUUUCUGUUGGUUAUGUCUUAUUGGUUUCACCUGUUUCUCGUUUGGGGUUUGGUUUAGGGCUAUUUAAGCCUGUUAUGCCCGCCUGCUUUUGUACGGGCUUGUUUCUCUGUUCUGUUUAGUGGAUGGUAUUGUUUGUAUUUUUCCGGACUGUUUGUGUCCUGUUUUGGGCCGGUCAUUUAUUCGCCUGUUGUUUUGGCAUGACCUUUUCUCACCGGAAUAAAUACGGUUUUCCUUAAACCUCUGCUCUCUGCGCCUGACUCCGCACCCACCACUCCUAGUUACGUAACAACAGUUCUGAUAAUUCUUCAAAUAUAUUGUUUUACACAAUAUCUUGUCACAACACUGGCAAACCAUGGCUGACCAACUCCCUGAUUUUUAUACCAUAAGGUUCAUGAUCAUUCUAGUAUUCUAAUUCCUACCUCUAUAGCCCGUAAAAUAGGAUCUCUAUGAUUCCAACCCUCCGACGUCACCUCGUUACAGUUGUGUUGGUAGCAACUCAUUUAAACAGUAGCCUACUCCUUGUUGUCGUGCGCAUCGGGGCCCGAAUCCUUCGUCUCAUAAUCAUGGAUUCUGAAAACUAUGUGGGAACUCAUCCAUCAGACGGCAAUGAAGCUAUGAAAACCAGUGACGUUUACAAAGUGGACAAAAAUCUUCCUAAGCGUUUUAAUAACCCCGAUUGCUUUCAAGGCUACAGUACGAAGAAAAACCACCCAUUCUACCAGACAUCAAGCCAAAUCUAUGGAAGCAAGAGACCAACCGUUCAUGAAAUGCCUACAACUUUUAAUGGCAGUUAUCGGAAGUUUUCAGAACACAUGCUGAAAAGUGGGAUGUUCAGAGAUAACGGUUUCAACACGUCCAUUGAGAAGAGCAAAAUCACAGGACACGACACCAUCCCCAUGUUUCAAGACCGGAUCAACUUUAAUUAUGCAUACGACAGUGGGAAUGGUCCAAAGAAUUGAAAACAUUACUCCACCUACCUUAAUUAAUUUUCAUUGCUACAUUUGUAUGCCAUUCAUUCUAUUUGCCUUUUAUAAGGAUCGUGAUUGGUUCAAUAAAAACCUUACCCCAACAUCA